UGAGAGAUCAGCGAGCCAAUUCCUCGGGAACCCAAUUCAGGGUACUAGAGACCAAGCAUCAUACAAUAGUACUGAUCAAGUCUACUAAUAUCCAGGAUAAAUAGCAGGACCAGUCAGUUGAUCCUGCAGGAACCAUCUAUCUGAACGUGCACAUAGGAAGGAGGGACGGAAAGAAGGAGCGGCGCCCCACCUCGUCCUCCUCAAUUUAAUUCGCUGCCAUGUUCUCGUCCUUCAAAGAGCGCCUCAAUACAGGUCUUUCGAACCUGCAUGAGAAGGGCGUCUCAACCAGUGCCACAGCUGCCAAUUCACCCACGCCGCCAUCGUCCAUAAAAGCAACGAUACCAGGGACACCAGACACCACCCACGCGGCCGGAGCUGAGGGUAUUCAUGACGAUAAAGCAGGAUCAUUGACUUCGUUAGCCUCGCCACAUUCGCCAACGCCGUCGUCUACUCCUCUGGCUCAGGGACCACCACCCACAGCCUCGUCUUUUGUUUCGCUUGCGUCAAGAAUCAGUGGCGGUGUCGCAUCUACAGCUUCUUCAUCCUCAUUGUUCUUUCGGCGACCUGUCCAGCAUCAACAGGCCGCCACGCAGUCAUCUCCAUCCAGCCUUAUUGUUUCUGGAAACGCAGGAUUAGGGUCAGGCGUAGGAGGAAACAUAGUUGGCCUUGGCAGCAGUGUGAGCGGUGGUAAAUUAGCAGAACUGGUGCAGAGAUUGACACUGGACCCCAAGGAUGAGACGCCGGACAAAGCAGACCUGGCGGCUAUCCGGGAGCAGUAUCAAAGUGCUGGAUCGACGGUACAUAAACAGGAACAACAACUACAGCAGGAUAAACAAGGUCAGGAAGAAACACAGGAGGAGAGGGAGCACGAAGAGCAGCAAGGGCAAGUGCAGCAUCAGGGACUCAAUGAGAAUGGGCUUCCGGAGGAUGUGAUUGAGAAGCUGGAGAUCUUGCAGCGGUACGAGGCAAGAUUCUCAGAUCUGGCAGGCGCAUUCAAGAAAAUCGUGCAGGAGAAAAUUGCGGCCGAAGCUGUACUCAAGGCGACAACAGCACUCGAGGAUCUGGGAGACAUCGAGGCGCUGCAGGCGCAUAUGCAGAACAUGGCUCGCAAGAGUGAGAUGUCGAUGCAGGAAAUAAAACGCCUGUCAGAUGAACUUCGAGAAACGAGAGCUGCCAAGGAUACCGAGGCGGUCUCGCAAGCGGCAUUAAUCCAGGACUUACGUAACCAGCUCUCGCUGCGCCUGGAGGAAAUCGAUCGUCUCAAGCACCGGCAAAAGGAUUUGUCUGCAUCCUCAGACACCCUAAGUCUGAGUGACACUCUCUCCGUGCACCACCUCGACCAUUCUUCAGAUGUGGAUACAAAACCCAACUCCAUCGAUCUCAUCUCCACACCAUCUUCUCCUCAGCCACCUUCCUUGUCCGCCAGUGCUUUAGACCCAUCUCUAGACUCUGUAACUGUCAACCUGCCAACAGUAGCAACCUCAACAGCAUCUCUCACCACUCCAUCUCCUACUUCAACCGUCGCCAAACCGAAGCGCGCGACCAAGGACAAAGAUCAAGCAUUGAGAGAACUCAUGGCUCGGUUGGAGUCUGUAUUGAAGGAGAAGAACCAAGCACGAGAGGACCAGGAGGAGACUGUGGAGCAAAUGGAGUACUGGAAGAGAGAGUUGGGGAAAGAGAGGGAGGCGAAUAAGGCAAUGGCCGAAAAGAUGGAUCGGUUGCAGGCUCAGAUCGCAGAAAUCGAGGAACAGAGAAAGAAGGAAGCUACUGCUGCUGGCGCUAGCCCCUCAACGAGGAGGACGAUUCAAGAAGGUGUUUCUGAAGACGCAUCUACUGACUCAACGACGACUGCGACUACAGCUACGACAAAAACCGUAGACGGCGUGGAAGAUGAUUCUGUGGAGGAUCGACUAUCGCUACUGCAGAAUGAACUCUGUACAGUCCGAUUGGAGCUCGCCGCAGCUCUUGAGCGUGAGAUCGCCCUUCGAAAAGCGCAUGAGGAGCUUGCAACUCUGCAACAGGCCUACUCAGCGCUUCAAACGUCCAAGACUAAAACCGAACGAGCGCUUGAUGCCGCUAUGGGUCAGAUCCAGGAACUCGAGGACCUAGCAAUAGCAUUGGGUGAGACAAAGCAGGCUCUAGUCGAGGCACAGGAGGAGGUGCAAGAACGGCAACAGCUGCUAGACUUGGAGAGGCAGUGGCGCGAAGAAGCAGAGAAGAGCAGGGAUACGAUGAAGAAAGAGUAUGAUGGGGCGGUAAGGCAGGCUAGGAUUGAGGCUGAAAAAGGGUUGCAGGAGAAGGUUCGGACGCUGGAACAGCAGGUUGCGGAAGCAGAUACGCAGCGCAAAACUUUAGAGCAUGCUAUGAUAGAGCGUUCUGGGGCGGUGGAAGAAAUUGUUGUGCUUAAAGAGAAGAUCUUGCAGCUUGGGAAGGAAUUGGAAGACACAGCGACAAAGCAGCAGGCUGCAUUUCACGCCUUGCGAGAGGAAAAGGAGAAGGUUGUCGCAGCGCUUAUAACGCAGCAGCAGCAAGAGCAGCUUCGUCAGUCCAGGAUUCAGGAACUAGAGUCUGAGUUGAAGGAAUUAUCUACGAACAAGAUCCCCUCUUUUGCACAGGACAGUGAGGCCGACAACAAGACUGACAAGGAGCCCAGUCAGGAGACGGGGAACCUAGCCGCUGAUAAGCGCCAGUGAUGCACAGGUAGCAAGAGAUAACCAUAUUUCUAGUAUCGAGGAGCUUCAGUCGCUCAAGCAAGAGCGGGAAGAGCUUUCCGAAAAACUGACUCGGCUGGAGCGGCUCCAUCAAGGAUUCGAGCGCUCAUCUUCAGAAAAGAUCCGAGCCUUUGAGCAAGAGCUAGCAGUGUUGGUCGAGCAGAAAG